AAAGACGUGAGCAACUCUAAAUGAAUAAGAUGGCAACAAAGAUAAUUUACUUCACAGUGAAUGGUAGACCAGAGCAAGCAGAGUUCUCAGUGAAUUGUUCUUCUCAGGAUGUCAAAGAUCUGUUCCGCUCUGCAGCUGAAGCUGGGCCACAUGACAUCCUAAAGCUUUACAACCGAAAAGGCAACAUCAUCAACAUCUCAUCAAAUUUAGAGCCUAACAAUCCAAACUCCUGUUACAAACUGGAAGUGGUGGCUUCUGGUUGCAACAGUGAGCCAUUAGGUGUGGAGCUCGCAGGUGCACUUGGAUUUGAUCUCUCAUCUAUGGAAAAAAGACUCCAAUGCCUGGAAAAGAAAAUCCUCAUUGAAGCAGGAAACACGCCUGCAGUCAUCUAUGAGAUGAAGAAACAGGUGGAUUUAUUCCGAGAAAAACUGGAGAGUGUGGAGCAUCUUAGCUGGCUUGGGUUAUUUAAGGACUUGUCAGAGAGCACACACAAGCCUUCUCCAUUUUACCACAAGAGAGCCUUGCAUAAAACCAAAGAUGAAUGUGAGCAUGUGCGUGAAAAGUUCCUUCAAAUGAGCUGUCUGGAGGUAUCCGAAGAAGUGAGGCAGUACUUAAAGACGCCAACAUUUGACAAUUGGCAGUGGGAGGAUGCAGAGAUAAUGGUGCUUCUGCAAGUCAUGUACACAGACUUAGAUUUUAUCGCUACCUACAAUAUUGAAACUGAAGUUUUGCAGCAGUUCCUGUUUGAAGUGUACCGCAGAUACAACAACAUCCCUUUCCACAACUUCAAACAUUGCUUCUGUGUCACCCAGAUGAUGUAUGGUUUAAUGUGGCUGACUGACCUGAGAAGAAAAAUGGACAGCACUGACCUGCUGAUCAUGCUGACCUCUGCAGUGUGCCAUGAUCUUGACCACACUGGCUACAAUAACGCCUACCAGAUAAAUGCUCGGACGGAACUUGCCCUUCGCUACAAUGACAUCUCUCCUUUAGAGAACCACCACUGCGCUGUUGCUUUUGAAAUACUGGAGAAGAAAGAGAGCAACAUCUUCAAAAAUGUGACUCUGGACCAGUACAAACGGAUAAGGGAAGGGAUUAUUAAAUGCAUUCUGGCCACUGACAUGACAAGACACAAUGAGAUCCUCAGCAAGUUCAAGUCCAUUCUGUCUUUGUUCGACUUUGACAACAAGGAACACAAAGAUGUGCUUAUGAUGAUUCUGAUCAAAGUGAGUGACAUCUCCAAUGAAGCACGCCCCAUGGAAGUUGCAGAGCCCUGGCUGGAUUGUCUUUUACAAGAAUUCUACAACCAGAGUGACAUAGAGAAAUUAGAGGGUCUCCCUGUUACCCCUUUCAUGGAUCGGGACAAGAUAACCAAACCUUCAUCUCAAACUGGCUUCAUCAGAUUUGUGCUUUUGCCGCUCUUUAUCGAGUUGGCCAACCUCUUUCCCUGCCUGGAGCAACAAAUCGUUGACCCAGUGCGGAAGGCCCUUGACUACUACACUGAGAUGGAGAAAGCCUUGGCGAGAGAGAAACAGGACCGGGCACCAUGUGAAAAUGCAGUGAAGAUCAAAGACAUCCCAGUGGCCCAGUCGACCACAGAUAAACGCCAGAGCUCCGGACUCGAUGCCUCAAAACCAGACACACAGUGAACUAUCAGAUUCAGAAUAAUCUUUAUUGGUUAAGUAUGUUAAAAGACACAAGUUGUCAAUGAUAGUUGUGGCAGCUCUAAUACUACAGCAAAUAAGCCACGAUCACUUAAUACACACUUGGACAUAAAUACAGUGGUGCUUCUUUAUGAAAAUAAUCUGUUCCGGAAGUCAUUUCAUAACGUGAUUUUUUUCGUAAGUAGAAGCGUAUUUUACAUGUAAUUAGCCUAAUCCGUGCCUAGGCUGAUAUGAGUGAUAGUGAUGACAUUAUCGGGGAACAUGAUUAUCAACCCUAACAAGUAGAGGUGAUUAGGUAUCUUUCCACUGCAUCUAUGGAUGAAGCUGCCCUCUACAGGCACAUCUGUCAAGAGGAAAAAAUACCCUAAAAAGAAUCAUGGAAGAGAUGGAUGAGGCCUCCUUUUCACUCCCAGGGUCAAGGAAGAACAAAAGGGCAGGGAAGAAAGAAAAAGAAGCCAAGAGAAUCUGGAAGGAUCUAGAUAAUUGAGGAAUUUUUGGUUCCUGAUUCUCUUUGCAGCCCCAGAUAGUCAAGACACCCUUCCAUUAUUACAAAAUGCUCCUCACUGAUGAGAUGAUUGAACAUCCAGAUCCAAUCAAAACCAACCCUAAUGAAGAUUUGAAGAUUUUCUGGAUAUGCUGCUUUUAAUGGGCGUUUUCAACUUGCCAGCCAUGGGAGACUACUGGCACGCUGUGUUACAUUUUUACCUCAUUGCUGAUAUAAUGCUGAAGAGGAAAUUCACGCUGUUAUGACGUUACAUUCACUUUAAUGACAACCAGCAGUCUGAUGGCAGCCAUCCAUCCAUCCAGCCAUCCAUCCAUCCAUCC